CAGCGAACCAUAUUGGAACCAGGAGCUCUUGUAUAAGACUAGCCUGCUGACAGUGUACAGAUAACACACGGCCGUGCUCUGCGGUAUCUCCUCUGCUGCACACAUAAGCGUUUGUUGCUUUUAUGUAUGCUUUAGAUCUGUACUGACACACAGAGGAGGAUGUCUGCAACUGUGAAUAAUCCCUUUCAACAUAUAGUUGAGCCUCUGGACUCCACGGACCCAAAGAAGCAGUUUUACAAUCUUUCCAAACUGGGAGAUCCAAGAUAUGAUCGUCUGCCCUUCUCCAUCCGGGUCCUUCUGGAGUCUGCUGUCAGGAACUGUGAUGGGUUUCUGGUAAAGUGCUCAGAUGUCGAAAGCAUCCUCAACUGGAAGCAGACCCAGACUCAAACUGUGGAGGUACCAUUCAGACCAGCUCGGGUCAUCCUCCAGGACUUCACUGGCGUCCCUGCAGUGGUGGACUUUGCUGCCAUGCGUGAUGCGGUGAUGAAACUAGGCGGUGACCCAGAGAAGAUUAAUCCUGUUUGCCCUGCUGAUCUCGUCAUCGAUCAUUCCAUCCAGGUGGACUUUAACAGGAAAUCUGAUAGCCUUCAGAAAAACCAGGACUUGGAGUUUGACCGCAACAAAGAGAGAUUUCAGUUCUUAAAGUGGGGCUCUAAAGCCUUCAGGAACAUGCGGAUCAUUCCUCCUGGUUCAGGGAUUGUUCACCAGGUCAACCUGGAGUACUUGGCUAGAGUGGUGUUUAACUAUGAUGGGUACUUCUACCCUGAUAGCCUGGUGGGCACCGACUCCCACACCACAAUGAUUGAUGGGCUGGGAGUCCUGGGCUGGGGUGUGGGUGGAAUUGAGGCAGAGGCUGUCAUGCUGGGUCAGCCAAUAAGCAUGGUCCUGCCUGAGGUGGUGGGAUACAAGCUGUCCGGGACCCCAGACAAGUUCAUUACCUCCACUGACAUUGUCCUAACAGUUACUAAGCACCUCCGUCAGGUGGGUGUUGUUGGGAAGUUUGUGGAGUUUUUUGGCCCAGGUGUUGCUCAGCUGUCCAUCGCUGACAGAGCCACCAUCGCCAACAUGUGUCCAGAGUACGGAGCCACAGCAGCUUUCUUCCCCGUGGACAACGUCAGCAUUCAGUACCUCAAGCAGACCGGGAGAGAAGCAGAGCAGCUGGCCUACAUUACAAAGUACCUGAAGGCAGUGGCCAUGUUCAGAGACUACAACGAUGUCUCUCAGGAUCCAGAUUACACUCGGGUUGUAGAGCUGGAUCUCAGCACCGUGGUUCCAUGCUGCAGCGGCCCCAAAAGACCUCAGGACAGAAUUGCUGUGUCUGACAUGAAAACCGACUUUGAAACCUGCCUGGGAGCAAAGCAAGGUUUCAAGGGUUUCCAGGUGGCUCUGGAGCGUCACAGCACUGGGGUCCCCUUCCAGUUUGAUGGAAAAGAGUAUACAUUAAGCCACGGCUCUGUGGUCAUCGCUGCCAUCACCAGCUGCACCAACACAAGCAACCCAUCCGUCAUGCUUGGAGCCGGGCUCCUUGCAAAAAAAGCAAUAGAGUGUGGCUUGAGUGUGAAGCCGUACAUAAAGACCAGCCUGUCACCUGGCAGUGGCGUGGUCACCACCUACCUAAAGGAGAGCGGUGUUAUGGACUACCUCUAUCAGCUGGGCUUUGAGGUUGUUGGCUAUGGUUGCAUGACCUGUAUAGGCAACAGUGGGCCACUCCCAGAGCCGGUGGUGAACGCCAUAACCCAGGGAGAUCUGGUUGCUGCAGGUGUCCUAUCAGGAAACCGAAACUUUGAAGGGAGAGUCCACCCCAACACCAGAGCAAACUACCUGGCUUCUCCACCACUAGUCAUCGCCUACGCUAUAGCCGGCACUGUGAGGAUAGACUUUGAGAAAGAACCCGUUGCCAUUAACUCUGAAGGCAAAGAGAUUUUCCUGAGGGAUAUCUGGCCCACACGGGAGGAGAUCCAGGCUGUGGAGAGAACGUUUGUCAUCCCAUCCAUGUUCAAAGAAGUCUAUGAGAAGAUUGAGAAAGUGAAUGAACGCUGGAACUCUCUGGUUGCUCCCUCUGACAAGCUGUAUACCUGGGAUCCCAAAUCAACCUACAUCAAGUCACCGCCGUUCUUCGAUGGUUUGACCAUGGAGCUGAAGCCACCCAAGUCCAUACAUGACGCCUACGUGCUGCUGAACUUUGGAGACUCUGUCACCACUGACCACAUUUCUCCUGCUGGGAACAUUGCCAGGAACAGCUCUGCAGCACGCUACCUGACCAACAGGGGUUUGAGCCCUCGUGACUACAACUCGUACGGCUCGCGUCGAGGUAACGACGAUGUCAUGGCCAGAGGGACGUUUGCCAACAUCCGCCUCUUUAACAAGUUCCUCAACAAGCAGGCGCCACAAACCAUUCACCUGCCAACUGGAGAAACGCUGGAUGUGUUUGAUGCUGCAGAGAGAUACCAGCAGUCCGGCGUCCCUCUGCUGGUUCUCGCAGGGAAGGAGUACGGCUCGGGCAGCUCCAGAGACUGGGCAGCUAAGGGCCCCUUCCUACUGGGUAUUAAGGCAGUUGUGGCAGAGAGCUACGAGCGGAUCCACCGCAGUAACCUAGUUGGGAUGGGAGUGAUUCCUCUGGAGUAUUUAGAAGGAGACACCGCUGACAGCCUGGGACUGACCGGCCGAGAGCGCUACACCAUCAUCAUCCCCGAGCAGCUCACGCCCCGGAUGAUAGUCGAUGUCAAGCUCGACACCGGGAAAACAUUCCAAGUGCGGAUGAGAUUCGACACGGACGUGGAGCUGGCGUAUUUCCGCCACGGAGGCAUCCUCAACUACAUGAUCCGCAAGAUGUCCGAAAACUAACAUGCCAAGUACAGCACGGAGCCAGAGCAACGCGUGUCAUUUUCUAAUUCUCAGCUGCAGUCUUAACAUGACAGCAGUGUAACGGUUUACAGAAGAAUAACAUCCAAUCAAUGUCCAUGUACAGCCAUUUACAAAGAGCUGAUUUACAGCCAGAAAACACUGAUGUUCUAUUUUUUGAGAAUGCUGCUACUUCUUUUAGUUGUUGAGCAGACCUGUUGGGGAAAUAUAUAUAUAUAUAUAUAUAUAUAUAUAUAUAUAUAUAUAUGGGAUGUGUAUAAUUAGUUAAGAUGUAAGGUGAUGAUGGUCUAACGAGUUAAAAAGAUUGAUCUAGCAGAUGCCAUUACAACGUGGGUCUUAUUUUUGUCUUUUAGGUCUUUAUCAGUUAUGCAUUCCAUUUGUUUGCCACUUUAGAGCUGUUAUGAUUCCAACCGCUGCGCUCAGUCAGUAGUACUACAUGUAGUAGGUUAUCCCGUCAACCUCAAGUAAUUAAUUCCACCCCCCCCCAGUAACUGUUUCUAUCCUUUUGGUGGGAAUGUUCACCUUGUGUCAUUAGUGAAUAUUGGGUUGGGUUGCUAUAUCUACAUAGUUGCAUUCCGUGUGAUAAUGCGUAGGGAUCACAGUGAGCAGAAGGGUUACAGUGGAGGUGGUGGUGUUGUUGUUAGAUGAGUUCUUUUUAAUAUGCUUCAAUAUGUUUUUAAUUCACAACAAUCUCUACCAGCAUCAGAAAACACAAAGGGCCAAUCACAGUAGCCCCUUAAAGCAGAAGAAAGACAGUUAACUCACAUCCAGGCAUGGACCGGUUACCGGUUUCAAGGUAUACUGAGGUUUGAAAAAGUCUUCAAAACCACUGACAUUUUCUGUCAUACCGUUCCUAAGGUAUGAGCUGUUUUUUUAUGAUUAUUCAAGGACAGAAAGUGCAGUUCUCUGCAAAUCCCUCUCCCUUGUUGUUUUUCACCCAGACAUUUCAAAAAGAAUACAUUUAUAGUUUAGGUAUAGGUAUUUUUGCUAAAGGUUAUCAUACUGUCAGAAUCUCUCUUAAAUCUUCAGCUGCUAUUCGCACAAUUCAAGGUUCUCUGGGGAGUUUUGGACCUUUUAGUAGCGAUAUAGAGAGAGGUUUUUGUGUAGCUCCUGUGCAUGAUGAGGUGACACAAUACAUAUUCCAGUUAAUAGUUUGACACUAUUCCACUGAUCAACAGGUGGCAGUAAUGUGCAAAUAUAUGCAACAAAGGCAGGGAAGAAAAAGCUAGGAACAACUGAUUAAAAGUCCACAGUAAUGCCUGUCCCUAGUUAGAAAUGACGAAAAGACCCAUGUUGUAAUAAUGCUGAAAUCUUCUUUAAAAACAAGGACCAUGUUGAGAUUCAAUAAUGUAUUACUCUUGACUUUGAGUGAACUUUAUUUACAUAUCCGCUUUUAAGCCAAUACAGAUGAGAAGUCCUUGAUGUGCUCAGAAAUCCAGAUCUUCCAUGACUCUGAUGAGGAAGAUCUUGUGAUAUGAUUGAAAGCUCCAGAAAAGCUACUGUAUGGACCAUGUGGUGAGGUUGUUAACUCAGGGAUAUAAUAUUGGUGGUGCAGAACCUUUUAAAUCAUAAAGGAAGAAAUUGAGUGUGUACUAGAAUAUAAGAAUAUUAUUGUGGUUACUCCUCCUGCUAUGCACACUGGUGAAAUACCAUGAUACAGUAAUGGUUAUGUUGCACAUGGCUCAGCUGUUUCCAUAAGAACUACCCCUCUACAGGGUCAAAGUUUUAUUCACAAACGUUUUCCCGUCGUCUUUUCUGUAGACUGGAAAGGAAACGUGCCCGUUAGUUCUUCAGACAUUCCCAACCUCAUUGUAAAUGUGUUUUUGUCAGUGUGUGUCAAGCUAAUGUUAUUAACUGCCUUAAUAACUGUAUAUGUGAUCGCAUUGAUUCAAAUGUUUGUCCUCCUGCCCUUUUAUCUAAAACACUUAUCAUUUUGAUCAUUAAGAAUGACAAAACCAUGUUGCACACUGUCUGAAUGCAUUAAGCAACUGAUUACUGAAAAACAGAAUAAAAUGUGAUUUAUUUAUUUUUU